AUGGAUUGCAUAGUAGCCGCGUCCACUGGUGCUCUAAAAGGAAUAAAUUUGCGCGAAAAUUCGUUCAUAAAUCUCUUACCGGUGAAGACGUUAGCCCCAAAGCAACAUGAAAUAACAAGCAUGAUUUGGUCUUGUGAAAGACAGUCUGAUGUCUUAGCUGCGUUGUUGGAUCGUCAGCUGAAGCUCUACGAUACUCAGACUAAUACGUUUUACCCGCUGUUUAAUAUGACUGGUGGUGAAGGAGCUGUUCAAGGUCUUCACUCUGUUCGAGGUGCUAAAAUCGUUUCAUGCGUCGAAUCAGGUCUUACUAGUGUAUGGGAUAGAAAUGGUGAGUGCUGUGGCAAAUGGGAAGCAGGUGCAGGUGUGAGAGUUAUGAGAGGAUUGACUACGCGAAAUGAGGUUCUAACUGGUGGCACGAAGCAUUUAGUGAAGACAUGGGAUAUAGAAACUGGUAAACUUCUGUGGUCUGCAAGAAAUGUCCCAUUAAAUUUUCUUGACAUUGAAGUACCCAUUGCAUGCACCGAUGCUCGGUAUGUGGAUCAUUCUGGUAGCAUUAUCGAAGCAACGAAGUUACAUGAGCUUCGCCUGUACGAUCCAAGAGCACAGCGCCGCCCGUUGAAGUUGAUUCCUUUCAUGGAUGUGCCAAUAACUGCAGUGAGCAGGUGUUAUCGCGACAAUCAUGUAUUAGCAGCUAACUCAAUCGGUGAAAUGGGACUGUUCGAUUUGCGUAGUAAAGUUCAUCCCGUUUGCAAAUACAAAGGUCAGGCUGGAGCCAUCCGUUCUAUUGACGCACAUCCGACUGCUCCAUACGUCGCUUCUUGCGGCAUUGAUCGGUUCGUGCGGGUUCAUGAUAUUGACACAAGAAAACUUGCUCAUAAGGUCUACUGUAAAACUCGUCUCAACAGAGUGUUGAUGCGAUCCGAGCUUCCGAGUCUCUCAACUGUUAUUGAGGGUAAAAGUGAUCAAGAGUGGGCAGAAUUAAAGGUUUAUUAUUUGUUACGUUGUAUAUGUUGUUUCAAAAACAAAAAGUGGAAUUACUGGUCAUGA